AAAAAUUGCCUGAUAUCUGAUAUUGCCGUUCAAUUGUCUGAUUUAUAUAAUUUGAGCGUCUCUACGGCACAAUUGAGCGAUUACCUUGGAAAAGGCGAGAAUGGAGAUGGCACGGAAUUGUGCAAGAUCACCGACAACCGGUAACUUGUUUGCGAUUUCCAGCCGAUCAUCAGCUCUGCCCCUCCAUCCCAAGCUCAGCACAAUAUUGGACUCUUGGAACUCUGGGAGCCCAACGUCGAUGACAAAACCAUCGCUCGCCUUGACCAGAACGGCCACACGGUCAGCUCCUCAAUCAUCUUUCUCUUCAGAGUCUUUUGGUAUUUUAGUCAGUUGAGAGUUCCGAAACAAUUAUGAAGUGCUGGAAGUUGUGCGCAAUUUUCACAUUCCUGGCCACUUGUUCUGUGGUCCAGAUCAGUGGGAGACUGGAGGAAGUGUUCAGGUGGAAAGAAGUCGAGUUCGAGUGGCCAGACGGCGUUGUCCAGAAGGGCUACAAGAGUGCCAAUAAUUUGCCCUUGGGACUCGAUGUCUGGAGGAAUAAACUCUUUAUCACAGUUCCUCGAUGGAAGGAUGGAGUGGCUUCUUCGCUCAACUACAUCGAUUUGAACAGCGGCGUAAGUUCUGGGAAAUUGCGCCCGUAUCCAAAUUGGGAAGCAAACAGUCUACCUGUUGAUCAUGAACCUUCAGCGACCACCGAAGGGCCACCUCGAGAUCGAUUGGCUGCAGCGUCGUUGCCCAAGGACGUGGAAUCUCGUCCACUGAGCAAUGAAUCCAUCAUCUCAACCUUCAGGAUCCGAGUGGAUGAGUGCGAUAGGCUUUGGGUGGUGGAUACAGGAUUGGCUGACAUCCUAGGUGAUCCCAAGCAACUCUCUCCGCCGUCCCUUGUGAUCUUCGAUCUCAACACCGAUCGCCUGAUAAGAAGAUAUGAGAUUCCCAGCGAGAGUAUCGACGAUGAUUCCUUCUUUGCCAACAUCAUCGUGGACACCGACAAAGCAGCCUGUGAUGAUGCCUUCGCAUACAUUCCUGACCUUGGAGCCUAUGCUGUACUAGUUUAUUCCUUCCGGGAGAACAAAUCCUGGCGCGCAAAGCACAACUUCUUCCACUUUGAUCCACUCCAGGGUGACUACAAUGUGGCGGGGGUUAAUUUCCAGUGGACUGAUGGAGUUUUUGGGAUGGCUGUGGGCAAGCCACUGGCUGAUGGAAGUCGCACAGUUUACUUCCAUGCUCUGUCCAGUACCAAGGAAUUUGCAGUGAACAACAGAAUCCUCCAGAAUGAAACCUACUGCACCAGCUCAGAUGCCUACCAUGAGUACCAACUUCUGGGAGAUCGUGGUCAGAACAGUCAAUCCACGGCUGAAUUCUACGAUCCUCAUACCGAAGUCAUCUUCUACACUCAGGUCAAUAGGGAUGCAAUUGGAUGCUGGAAUACCAAUAAACCCUUCAACCCAGAUAAUCAGGGACUCGUGGACUCAGACUCCGAAGCCUUAGUCUUCCCCAAUGACCUCAAAGUCGAUCCCAGUGGAACUCUCUGGGUGCUUUCUGACCGGAUGCCUGCCUUCAUCUACAAGCAACUCGAUCCUCAACAGCACAACUUCAGGAUCCUCAGAGGAAACACCAAACAGCUGAUCCAGGGAACACCCUGUGAUCCCUAAAGAGCUGGCAUGGAUCUCAUGACGCAUUUAAAAGAAAUUUAUUCUCACCAGCAGUGAUGGGCAUUUAUGACAAAAUUUCUAAUUGUUCGUCGAAGAAAACGUACAAAGAGAUUUUUGAUCUAUUUUAUAUCAAGAAAGAAUUUAUAAGUUUAGAAAGAGAACAAUAAAUUUUAUGAUCAGCA